AUGAUUCGACAAAUCAUUGGUCUUAUUCUGUCUAUAUUAGCUGCUGUUGUAAUGACUCUGACGUGCAGUUUUGAUACCGAAGAGCUUAUCGAUGGUGAUUUAGCGAAAUCUACUGGUGGCAAAUAUAAAUUUUUAACAAUACUAAAUUUACAUCUUCAAGCAAUAUAUUAUUAUAUGUGCAUAGUUAAUUUCUUUUUCGGUUCGGACACAUUAACACCAGAAAAAUGCUCAUUAUUGCAAAAAAUACGUGAUUGUAUUUUUGCUGGAUUAGCAUUUCCAGUAGGAAUGUUUGUAUGCAUUACAUUUUGGAGUUUGUACCAUUUCGAUCGAGAGUUGAUCUUUCCAGAAGAAUUAGAUCACUUGCUUCCACCAAUUAUCAAUCAUGCUAUGCAUACAUUACCAGGUGUGGCUAUUUGCCUUGAAAAUCUUGUUCAUCAUCAUCGUUAUCCAUCGCGAUUAUUAGGUCUUUCGUGUGUUAUAACGGUAUGUGUUGCAUAUGCAGCAUGGAUUCAUUAUUUAAAUUACAUUCAUUGGGUUAAAUUUCAAAAAGAUGUUUGGGUUUAUCCGAUAUUAAGUCAAUUGUCAGUUUUGUAUCGUGGAAUGUUUCUAAUUGGUUUAGCAUUAUUUCAUGUCGGAUUGUAUUUCAUCGGUGAGAUGUAUACAUUAUAUUUAACAAAUUUCCGAAUCGAAAAAUUGAACGAACAAAGAAGAAAAAUUAGAUGA